AUGGCCAAUGGACCACCACCAGACCCGGUUGGGGAGACCGAAUCCAAGGGUCCUAUACUACUGGAUCUCAACAUUGCCCUGAUCGUUUUGACAACGACUGUCAUGGCAACACGACUGUACGCGCGUGGCAUCGUGACCAAGGCCCUUGGAUUGGACGAUGUGAUAGCAAUAUUUGCAUUCUGCCUGGCUAUUACUUUGUCCAUCCUUGAAAUAACGGCGGUAGGAAAGGGAGCCGGAGCUCCGAUGAGCACCCUUUCACCGGAGCAGAUCAAUGCCUUUUUCUCCCAACUACCAAUCAAUCAGCUAAUAUUCUUCCUUGCUUGCGGCUUUGUCCGCCUAUCCAUCUUGGCCUUUCUUCCUCGCCUGAGUAGAGACCGCAUUUUCAUGAGAUAUAUCUGGGCCACUGGGGUUGUGAUUGUCACCAUCACUCUGACGGCGUUCUUCUUUGUUCUCACAGAGUGCGAUCCUAUCGUUGACCUUUUCCACGCUGCCAAACCAAACAAGAAGUGCAUCAGUAAACAAAAAGAGGCUUACAUGAUGUGGGCACAUGCCAUUGUUGGCAUCUUCAUCGACGCCGCUCUAUUCGCUCUUCCGAUCUGGGUGAUCCGAAAUAAGAUGGCCGCUGGCGCGAAAGCCGUCAAAGUCAUCCUUGUCUUUUGUGUCGGCUUGUUCGCUAUCAUGACGGGAAUCAUUCGACUCAGUUUUAUCGUCACCACUGACUUUAGCGUCAACACGACCUACAAGAUGUAUCGAGUGGCCCCUUGGACCGUUCUUGAAGUCCAUGUAGGCCUCUGGUGCGGAUGCUUCCCAGCUCUUCAGCCACUCCUUCGCAUCAUCUCCUUCAAACUCGGCCUCCGAAGCCGUCUGGAGAGCACCUACAAAAGAACAACACGGAACACGGGGACAGGGGCUCCAAGUAGUCACAACUGGCGUUCAAGCGGGUAUAUCAAGCAACUGAGUGCUAUCGAUCAAGAGCAAGAAAGCGACGGCGCGGGAAGGAGGGGCACCGUGCCAGGUGCUGGUGAUUCGACGACGGAGAUUAUGCCGAUGGGGAAUAUUGAUAAUGUUGGUAGGGGUAUUCGAAUGACGACUGAUGUGAUAGUCAAGGUGGAGGAUGGUGUUGAUGAUGGGAGGGAGAGAAAGACCACAUGGGAUGCAGUCUGA